AUUAAAACCCUAAAAUUGGAAACACACCUCUGGCUCGCUCACUUCUUAGCACACACCAUUCCUAAAUCUCCGAUUCUCAAGCUCCUCAAAAACCCUAACUUUACACUAUAGCAAUGAGACACUCAUGGAGAGUUCUUCUCUACCGAAAGUAUCCGCUAUCAUCUCUCAAAAUUUCCAAUCAUUUCCAGGUACUACAGCAACACUCUCCUUCUCUACUUCGCUCUCUGUCUCCUUCACUUCACACACUUGCACUACAAAACUCUCAUUUCUCUGAAACCCUACAAAAACCCAAUUUUUAUAACAAAACCGCAUUAUUUGCUCGUAAUUUCUCAUCUGAAGCAUCAUUAGUUGAGCCCACAAAAGACCCGGAUCAUGUUUUGCUUGUUUGUGACGCUUUUACCAAGUUUGAUGAAUUUGAUGAUAUUAGUAAAGAAUUGGAAUUGAAUAGUGUUGUUAUUAGUCAUGACUUGGUUUUGAAAGUUUUGAAGUCAUUGGAAUCAAAACCGGAAGUGGCCAAGAGGUUUUUUGAUUGGGUUUUGGAGAAGGAUAGUGGGAGAUUGAGCUCUAAAAGUUAUAACUGGAUGUUAGGGAUUUUGGGGGUUAAUGGUUUGGUUGUGGAAUUUUGGGAUUUAGUUGACAAAAUGAAGAUAAAGGGUCAUGGCGUGUCAGGGGUCACGCGCGAUAGAGUGCAGGAGAAGUUUGAGAAAGAAGGGUUAAAUGAUGAUUUAGAGAAGUUAAAAGGGGUUUUUGCAAAGGGAUCAGUGGAUAACUCGGUGGAAAAGAUUGGUUUGAGAGUGAGUAGGAUUGUUAGGAAUAAGGUUUGGGGAGAGGAUGUUGAAGGGGAAAUUAAGCAUUUGUGUGCAGAGUUUUCGAGUGACUUAGUGAAGAUUGUGUUGGAGCAUUUAGUGAUGGAGCCAGUGAAAGCAUUGAUAUUUUUUAGGUGGGUUGAGGACAGUGAGUUGUGUAAGCAUGAUGGAAGGAGUUAUAAUGCAAUGGCUAGGGUUUUGGGGAGGGAGGAUUGCAUUGACAGAUUUUGGAAGGUAAUUGAUGAAAUGAGGAGUAAUGGGUUUGAAAUGGAGACGGGGACUUUUGAUACUGUUUUAGCACGGUUUAUGAGUAGGAAAAUGAUUAAGGAGGCCAUAGACUUAUACGAGUUUGCAAUGACUGGUGCAAAUAAGCCUUCAGCUAAAUGUUGCACCUAUUUGUUGAGGAAAAUAGUCGUUGGUAAACAGUUGGAUAUGGGUUUGUUUUCAAGAGUUGUGGAAAUCUUUACUGGCCACGGGAAUGUUUUGACAGAUGCUAUGCUUGAUGCAGUUCUUAAAGCUCUAACUAAUGUUGGUAAAUUUGGUGAGUGCAAUAAGGUUUUAAGAGAAAUGAAGGUAGCUGGCUUUGUAGCUAGUGGUAAUUUGCAGAGAAAGAUUGCAUUUGGGCUUACUAGUGCUGGUAAGAAUGAUGAAGCAAAUGAAUUUGUGAAUCAUAUGGAAUCAUCUGGUAGAGAUUUGAGUUACAAGGCUUGGGCAUCUUUAAUUGAAGGGCAUUGUGUAUCUGGGGAUCUUGAAAAAGCAUCUGAUUGUUUCAAAAUAAUGGUUGAGAAAAAGGGAGUUUCUGGUGCUGGUUAUGCCGUUGAGUUGUUGGUAAAUGCAUAUUGCCUCAAGAACAGAGCGAUGGAUGCAUGCAAUCUUUUGUGUGAUUAUGUCUGUCAAAAUCAUUUAUGCCCUUGGCAGACUACAUACAAAGUAUUGAUAAGUAAAUUACUGGUUCAGGGUGCAUUUAAGGAUGCCUUAAACCUGUUGGGUUUGAUGCAAAGCCAUGGCAUUCCACCCUUUAUAGAUCCAUUUUUUGAGUUCGUAUCAAAGUCUGGAACAGGUGAUGAUGCCAUUGCUUUUAUGAAUGCUAUGACCACUAAGAAGUUUCCAUCUAUAUCUGUUGCUCUUCGUAUGUUUAAAGCCUUUUUCAAGGCCAAAAGGCAUGGCGAAGCACAAGAUUUCUUGUCUAAAUGCCCAAUUUACAUUCGGAACCGUGCUGAUGUUUUGAAUCUCUUCUGUUCCAAGAAGUUUAGUAACGAUACUACUGCUACAGAUGUAUCCGUGUAGGCUUUUGUUGGAGUAUAUGACGUAGAGUAUUCUGUGAUGUCAAUGCAGAAUGUCAUUGUUUCACAAAUUUUGAUUACGGGAGCAGAGUCGGUAUCUUGAAAAUUAAUGUUCCAAAGCCACAGCAUAAAGAUAGGAGAAGGGUUAGCACUUAGCACGAAGCUGUGAUGAAGUCUAUAUAAAUGCUACUUUUGACUUGCCUCCUAUGCUCAUUUUUACCCAUUAUAUGCAUUGCAAAUGCAGAAACUAUUCCACAAUCAAAGUUCAUGUAUCUUGCAAGUCUGCCUAUGUUGUGGAUCUCUGUCAUUGUGUUUCAACUUUCCAUCUUAUACUUCACUGUGAGAUCCAUCCAAAUGUUUCUAGUAGAUUGAGAAAGGUUCCAGAACAUCAAGUUAAAACCAGUAACCGAAAUAUUUGCUGAGUAGAUUUUCAUUACAUAUAUCCUUGAUUUAUGUUUGUACAAAAACCAAAGAAUCAUCUAAUAUUUGCUUUUAUAUUGAUUAAGCGCCUUUCUUAUCAUACAAA